AGUCCAGAGCUGCCCAGGCGAGUGACAGGCGUAGGACGUGACCGAUAUUAACCAUCGCUUAGCCCGUAUCGAUAGGCUCCAUAAAGGAGCACUUUACAAAUGUUAGCCCGGUUUUAUCCCCACAACAGCCCAGCCACGCGGCUGUGCUAUGAUUAUCCCCAUUUUACAGUUGAAGAAACUGAGGCAUGCAGGUCAAAUGACUUACCCAGGAUCACCCAGCUAGUGCCUGAGGUCAAAUUUGAACUUGGGUCUAUCCACUGCAUCACCGGCUGCCUCAUUAUAGUGAGUGGGCUGAGCAGUUUAGGAGGUGUGAAGGAUGGUGGAGAAGGUGCUGGUCACUGGAGGAGCCGGCUACAUUGGCAGCCACACCGUCCUGGAGCUGCUGGAGGCUGGCUACCAGCCUGUGGUCAUUGACAACUUCCACAACACCAUCCGUGGGCAGGGGCCCAUGCCUGAGAGCCUGAAGCGAGUGGAAGAACUCACAGGCAAGAAGGUGGAGUUUGAGGAAAUGGACAUUCUGGACCAAGCAGCCCUGCAAGGACUCUUUAAGAAGCACAGUUUCGUGGCUGUGAUCCACUUUGCGGGGCUCAAGGCAGUCGGGGAGUCAGUAGAGAAACCCCUAGACUACUACAGGGUCAACCUCACGGGGACCAUCCAGCUGCUGGAGACCAUGAACACUCAUGGGGUGAAGAACCUGGUGUUCAGCAGCUCAGCUACUGUGUACGGAAACCCCCACUACCUGCCCCUGGAUGAGAACCACCCCACGGGGGGCUGCACCAACCCCUAUGGCAAGUCCAAGUUCUUCAUCGAGGAGAUGAUCCGGGACCUGUGCCAGGCAGAGAAGGCCUGGAACGCUGUGCUGCUGAGAUACUUCAACCCCAUCGGGGCCCACGCCUCUGGCCGCAUCGGCGAGGACCCACAGGGCAUCCCCAACAACCUCAUGCCCUAUGUCUCCCAGGUGGCAAUAGGACGUCGGGAAGUCCUCAACGUCUAUGGCAACGACUAUAGCACAGUGGAUGGGACAGGUGUCCGGGAUUACAUCCACGUUGUGGACUUGGCUAAGGGCCACAUCACAGCCCUGAAGAAACUCAAGGAACAAUGUGGCUGUCGGAUCUAUAACUUGGGGACAGGCACUGGAUAUUCUGUGCUACAGAUGGUGUCUGCCAUGGAGAAAGCCUCUGGAAAGAAGAUCCCAUAUCAGAUUGUGGCCCGCCGGGAUGGGGAUGUGGCCACUUGCUAUGCCAACCCCAAGCUGGCUCAGGAGGAGCUGGGCUGGAAAGCAGAUUUUGGCCUAGACAAGAUGUGUGAGGACCUUUGGCGGUGGCAAGAACAGAAUCCAACAGGAUUUAGCAGCCAGGCCUGAUCUGCCACUGAGGAAUAUUGGAAAUGAUGGACCUCCCCAACCUGAGCUUUAACUUGGGCUUUAUCCCAUCUCUGGCCUCUCUGGGAUGAAGGGAGGGGUAGAUGCUGAACCUCAUACCCCACCUAACUUCCCCAAUGGGGCUGAGCGAACUAAGCCUGACCCUUGCUUACCCAGGAGGGCACAGGAGAGAGGGCAGGGCCUUACCUUCCUACCUCACCUCCUCCUCACUCUCCCUGCCAUCCAGGGGACCUCCUUCCACCAGGGAGCUGAAAACUCCAGUCCCUUCCCUCCCCAAGAUCAAGACCUAUCCAAGAGGGACAGGAUGGAUGCCUCUGCCCCACCAUGGUCCCCAAAACACAGGGGGUGGGUAGGGAGCCAUGGCCUAGCCCCUCCUCCCAAAAUCAUUUCUAGUCUUGUAAUCAGAUUCCAAAUAAAAGUUUCUUACACUUUGUC